AUGAAAGAACAAAAAAAAAUAAAUGAUCUAUCAUAUAUACAAUUGAAAGAAUAUCUAAGUGGUCAUAAUAAUAUACUAAAUAUUAAUAUACAUGAUGAAAAUAUAAAAGAAAAGAAAAAAGAUGAAAGAAAAAUAAAGAAACAUUCUUAUGAUAAUAUAUCUGAUAGUACAAAUCUUUCAACCAAUAAAUAUUAUAUUAACGAUUCAUGUAAAAAGGAAAAAAAAGAAAAUCAUAAGAUACAUAAAAUUAUUAGACAUAAAAUAGGUAUUAUAUUUGAAAGGAUAAAAAAAAAAAAAGAGAAAGAGAAAAAAAAAAACUACACACAAGUUGAUAAUUGUAAUUAUAAUGAAUAUUAUAAUGCAUAUUAUAAUUAUUCGUCUAAUCAUGAAAAUAUCAAUGUUAAAAAUUUAAAUAAUAAUAAUAUUAAAAAUACCUAUGAUAAUACAAAAAAUAAAUCAACAAAGAAAAGAUAUAAAACUAUUCAUCAUAAUACGAUUCAUCUAAACAAAAAUUAUGAAAAUAAAAUGUUUCUAUAUAAUAUUAAAAAUAUAUUAAAUUUAAAUAAUGAUGAUAUAAAUAACUUAAUCGAAAUAUCCAAUUUUAUUAUAGACUUAGAUAUUAAUACUUUUUAUAACACAUUUAUAAAAAAUGAUAGUAAUUGUAAUAAUAUCAAUAUAUUAAAUUACAAUGUAAAUCAUAAUAAAAAUAUAUAUGAUAUAAAAGAAUAUAUCAAAGCAAAAAAUGAAAAGGUUAUAAAAUAUAAACAAAAUUUUUCUCUAUAUCUUGGAAUUAGUGUAUGUGAUAUAGAUAUAUUUGAGUCUUCUUAUUUUUUAUAUAAUAAAAAUAUAAAAUAUAAAAAUACUCACAGUCACAGUCAUACUCACAAUCAUAUUGAUAGUCAUCAUUUAAAAAAUAAAAAUUAUUAUAAUAACAAAUUAAAUGAAAAAUAUCCUGAGGGAUAUACAGAAAUAAAUAAACAACUAUAUCAUCAAUGUCAUUAUAAUGAAACACCUAUCAUAAAAAAUAAAAAACAAAAAGACAACAAACAAUAUGACAUAAAAAAGGAAAUAUAUAAAGAAAAUCAUAAAAGUAAAUGUUUCAAAGAAGAUUAUCCAGAUUUUUAUUAUCAUAAAAAAAAAACAUAUAUAUACAAUAUGGAUGAUUAUUCUAUAAAUACAAAUUUAUAUAAAUAUAUGAAAAAAAAAAAAAAUUAUAAACACAAUAUGGUUAAUCAAAAUAAAUAUAAAAGUACAAUUAUUAAUUUUUUUAAGCAUAAAUUUUUAAAAAUAAAAAAAAAAAUACGUAAAACAACAAAUGAUGAAACAAUAUAUAUUCAUAAAAAUAUAGAACAACAGGGAAAUUAUAAAAAUGAAAAUUGCUAUAUAUAUAGAAACGAUAAUAUAAAUUAUGAAAUAAAACAUGACAACAAUAUUAAUAACAAUAAUAUAUAUAACAAUAAUAUAUAUAACAAUAUGUGUGAGAAUAAUCCUACCAGAUAUAACGUUAAUAUUAAAAAAAAACUACGAUUUAUAUUAAAUAAAUUAUUUUUAAAAAAAAGUAAAGAAGAAAAAAAAAACAAAUCCAUUAUUAUGCAAGGACACAAAAAUAACCCAUCAUAUAUAUCAAAUCAAUAUAUAGAUCCAAAUUUUAAAGAAUUAUAUUAUAUUCAGACGAUAAAUGUUUUUAAUGAACCUUUUUCGAUUUAUAUUAAAAUAUAUCAAAUAUAUAUUUUCUCAAGGAAGCCAAAAAAAAAUAUAAACAAUUUUAUAAAUAAUGAUAUAUGUUCUAAUAAUAUAGAAAAUUUACCAUCUAAUAAAGAGAACACAAAUGUUUCGACUUAUGUAUUUAUAGACAUACAAAAUAAUUUUCUAAAAUAUAUAAUCAAGAAAAAAAUUAUAACAGAAAUAAAAGACUGUAUAAAUAAUUGGGAAAAAUAUAUCAUAGCACAUAUACAAAAUAUGAAAGGAAUUCAUAAUGAUAAUUAUAAUAAUUUUAUAUCUUUAUCAAAUCUACUGAUAUAUAAUCAUAAUAAUAAUAAAAAUAAUGAUGAUGAUGAUCUUAUUCAACAUAUAAUAAAUAAAAUAAUAUAUUAUCUUAAUAAUUAUCUUAUACCCUUCUUUCAUAAAAUAUUUUUAAGUAUUAUAGAUUACAUUUCUAGAAAUUAUAAAAAUACAAACUUACAAUACUAUUUUUCUCAUUCAUCUACAAAAAAAAAAAAAAAAAUUCAACAAUUUAUAUAUAAAACAAAAAAUAAUUUAAAAAAUACAUACAACAAUAUAUUUUGUAAGCAAAAAAAUAACAAGUAUUCCAUACAAAAUAAUAAUAAUCAAACAUAUCUUAAUAAAGAAUUAUCACAUUUUUUUAAUCCAAAUAAAGAAAAAAUAUAUAUAUUUACAUAUAAAAAUAAAACAAAUUUACCUAAUCAAUAUUAUUAUACAUUAAAUGAUUUUAUAUAUGAACAACCUUUCUAUUAUUUAAAGUUACAUAAUAUUGUAAAUAAUUAUAUUAUAUAUAUAAAUAGUUUAUAUUUUAGAAAGUUACUUUUAUUAUAUACAUUUCUAUCAUUCUUUUUAUUAUUUUUGAUGAUACUUAAUAUCCCUAUAUGUUCAUAA